ACAGCUACAAAUUACAAAAAUGACAACAGCUGAAACAACUGAGGCAAGUACAGCACAAACUACAGAACUAGGAACAGCAGCUGAAACAACUAAGGAAAGUACAACAACCCAAACUACAGACAUUGCAACAGCUGAGACAACUGAGGCAAGUACAGCACAAAUUACAGAGCUAUUAACAACAGCUGGAACAACCAAGGCAAGUACAGCACAAACUACAGACAUAACAACAGCUGAAAAAACUGAGGCAAGUACGAUACAAGCUACAGAUGUAUUAACAACAGCUGAGACAACUGAGGCAAGUACAGCACACAGUACAGAACUAUUUAGAACAGCUGAAGCAACUGAAGUAAGUACAGCUCAAACUACAGAAACAACAACAGCUGGUACAACUGAGGCAAUUACAGCACAAACUACAGACAUUACAACAUCUGAGACAACCAAGGCAAGUACAGCACAAACUACAGACAUAACAACAGCUGAGACAACUGAGGCAAGUACAGCACAAACUACAGAUGUAUUUACAGCUGAUACAACUGAGGCAAGUACAGCACAAGCUACAGACAUAACAGCAGCUGAAACAACUGAAGCAAGCACAACACAAACUACAGAACUGAGAACAGCUGAAACAACUGAGGCAAGUGCAGCGCAAACUACAGAAAUAACAAGAGCUGAGACAACUGAGGCAAGUACAGGAACCCAAACUACAUACAUAACAACAGCUAAGACAACUGAAGCAAGUACAGCUCAAAUUACAAAAAUGACAACAGCUGAGACAACCGAGGCAAGUACAGCACAAACCACAGACAUAACAACAGCCGAUACAACUGAGGCAAGUACAGCACAAAUUACAGAGCUAUUAACAACAGCUGGAACAACCAAGGCAAGUACAACACAAGCUACAGACAUAACAGCAGCUGAGACAACUGAGGCAAGUACAGCACAAACUACAGAUGUAUUAACAGCUGAUACAACGGAGGCAAGUACAGCACAAACUACAGAACUAGUAACAACAGCUGAAACAACCAAGGCAAGUACAGCACAAGCUACAGAAAUAACAACAGCUGAAACAACAAAGGCAAGUACAGAACAAGCUACAGCCAUAACAGCAGCUGAGACAACUGAAGCAAAUACAGCACAACCUACAGAACUGAGAACAACUGGGACAACUGACGCAAGUACAGCACAAACUACAGAAAUAACAACAGCUGAAACAACUGAGGCAAGUACGGUACAAGCUACAGAUGUAUUAACAACAGCUGAGACAACGGAGGCAAGCACAACACAAACUACAGAACUGAGAACAGUUGGGACAACUGAGGCAAGCACAGCACAAAGUACAGACAUAACAACAGCUGAAACAACUGAGGCAAGUGUAGCGCAAAGUACAGAAAUAACAACAGCUGAGACAACGGAGGCAAGUACAGCACAAACUACAGAACUGAGAACAGUUGAGACAACUCAGGCAAGUACAGCACAAACUACAGACACAACUGAGGCAAGUACAGCACUAACUACAGAAACAACAACAUCUGAGACAACCGAGGCAAGUACAGCACAAACUACAGAAACAACAACAGCUGAGACAACUGAGGCAAGCACAGCUCAAACUACAGAAAUAACAACAGCUAAGACAACUGAGACAAGUACAGCACAAACUACAACUGAUGAAAGUACCGCACAAACUACAGAAAUAACAACAGCUAAGACAACUGAGACAAGUAUAGCACAAACUACAACUGAUGAAAGUACCGCACAAACUACAGAAGUAACAACAGCUGGGACAAUUGAGGCAAGUACAGCACAAGCUACAGAAAGUACAACAUCUGGGAUAACUGGGGCAAGUACGACAACCCAAACUACAGCACUAUUAACAACAGCUGGGACAACUGAAGCCAUUACAGCACAAACUGAAGAAAUAACGCCAUCUGUAACAUUUCAGGCAAGUACAGCACAAAGUACAACUGAGGAAAGUACGGCACAAACUACAGAAGUAACAACAGCUGGGACAACUGAGGAAAGUACGGCACAAACUACAGAAGUAACAACAGCUGGGACAACUGAGGAAAGUACGGCACAAACUACAGAGGUAACAACAGCUGGGACAACUCGUACAGCUGAGACGUCUACAGAAGAUAUUACAAAGAAAACAACAGCUGAGCCACUGAAGAAAACUACCUUAGAAACCACUACAGCUGACACAACUGAGGCAACUACAGUACGUUCUACAGAAACGACAACAGUUGAGACAACUGAGGCAACUACAGUACGUUCUACAGAAAAGACUACAGUUGAGACAACUGAGGCAACUACAGUACGUUCUACAGAAAAGACGACAGUUGAGACAACUGGGGCAACUAGAGCAGAAACAACAGAAUCAUCUACAGCUACACGGGAGACAUCCACUGGCAAAAGCACACCUAUUUUAUCAAGUACACCACAGUUGGGAACUACACCUUCAACCGCUGGUGAGUGUGGCUGCCCUCCACAGGCCGACCAUGCAAACGUACAACUGACAGGGACAACAGCUGGCUCUACAGCCACCUACACGUGUAAGGAAUGGUUUCACCUGACCAGUGGAGAUACAACUCACAUCUGUGGCAGCGAUGGAAUAUGGGAAGGCACACUGCCCAUCUGUGAAGCUACGGUACCUUGCGUCCGCUUCUGUGGGUUUGGGGUCUGUUACGUUGACGAUGGUGGUAUGCAGAGAUGUGACUGUGAUGCUGGCUAUGACUUCUUUGGCAGAGCUCAGUUUUGCCUUGAUGUCAACGAGUGCUUAGUUGGGCUGGAUUAUUGCUUUGAAAGACCAGCUUGUGUGCCUGAGGCAGACUGCAGCAAUGUUCCCUAUGGGUCCUACAGCUGUCGCUGUCCUAUAGGGUACACUGGAGAUGGGAGGACUUCAUGUCAAGACAUUGAUGAAUGCGAGGAUAGCCCAUGUUCUGAGAAUGCUGCCUGUACCAACACACCAGGCAGUUACACAUGCCGGUGUCGAGAAGGAUACAGAAGAUUUGGCAGAUCUUGCAUUGAUAUUGAUGAAUGUCGGAGUAACCCUUGCGUCAGAGGAUCGUGUGUGAAUGGAAUAAAUGCCUUCACUUGUAACUGCUUCGAUGGGUUUUCUGGAGACAGGUGUCAGACAGACAUUGAUGAGUGUGAGAGUGAUCCCUGUCAGAACAAUGGAACAUGUAUGGAUAGAGUCAACUCCUACAGGUGCCAGUGUGUGGAUGGAUGGGAGGGGGACACAUGUCAGCAGGACAUUAAUGAGUGCUUGAGCAAUCCAUGUGACCAAAAUGCUGACUGUGAGAACAGUCUAGGGUCCUUCAGCUGUGCUUGUAGGGAAGGAUUUGAAGGAGAUGGAUUUGAAUGCACAGAUGUAGAUGAAUGUGCCUCAGACCCAUGCCAGAAUGAUGGGGAAUGUGUGGACCAGGUUAACGGAUACACCUGUUUCUGCACCAGUGGAUGGCGGGGAACAAACUGUGAGGAAGAUAUUGAUGAGUGUAACAUCAUCACAUCACGAAAAUGCCACAGGAAUGCAGCCUGCACCAACUCUGAGGGCAGCUACUCAUGUGUGUGUAAUGAAGGUUACUAUGGCAAUGGACUUACCCAAGAACAGCUUAUUUGUAGAGAAACCAUCCUGUUCCCAUAUGGCCAAGACCAAGGGGACUUUUGGCUGCCCAAGGCAGGAAGGCAGAAGGAUGUUUCCUUAGAGUCCCUCCUAGAAGUGGACAUCGGCUUCCCAUUCUUUGGGGUCUUCUAUUACAGUCUUUAUCUGUCUGACAAUGGGUUGAUAGUGUUCCCACCGACACCACAAGCCCGAGCUACCAGGCCUCCCUACCCCAACCCCACCCGUUUCAGCAGUACAGCCACAGUACAGGCCGGAGCCCCUCCUAUGGUCGCAGCCUUCUGGGCUGAUGUGGACCUGACCAGCAAUGUUGGGCAAGUCUUCUAUCAGGUGUAUUCUGACAGCCCUAUUGGUGACUCAAGGAGAAGAAGAAGAAGAACUGUUGAUGAUGCCACGCAGGCUGUGUAUGACCUGGUAACAGAGAGGGUGGACCAGUACUUUUCUGAAAACUUCCAUGCCAGCUGGGUGCUGGUAGUGACUUGGGACCAAGUUCCUACAGUGGAGGCCAGGUAUACCAAGCAAAAUCCCAACACCUUUCAAACCGUGCUGGCCACAGAUGGAGAAGACUCCUUUGCUUUCUUCAUCUACAAGGAAGAUGAGAUGUUGUGGACUGAUGAACGUCAGAACAUCGUCCUUGGAUACAACAGCGCCAACGGGCAAAACUUUGACAACAUCCUGCUUAACAACCCUUUCAGACCGGACCAAGUCAACGGGAACAUAGGUUUGAAAGGACGCUGGGCCUACAAGCUCGGGAGCAACAUGGUGAAUAACAAGAAGCAGUGCCUGGACUGGUACCUUGCAGAGCCAGACCCAUCCGUGUGGAUUGUUGGAGAAGGGCAGUGCCCAUGUACACUGUUACAGGCACUACUGGACCUGCGCUUCAUACCUGUCAACUUGCCAAUUUGGGUAGUCUUCCAACUGCUGCUGUUAAAUCAAGACCUUGAGGUGUGCAUCAGCCCCCUGUUUGCCAGCCCCACAGGCUCCAGUGUAGACUGUUGUUAUCGCUUCCUUGCACUCAACACUGAAAUACCACAGGCUGGCAACCACUACAGGUAUCCAAGGUUCUCCCAAGAAUACAUUGAAUAUGAUGUUCAGCCUAAAGAAUGGUGUUGUGAUCCCUCUGAGGACAGCACUGAGGACAGCACCGACGAUCGAUUCUGCAGAUUGUUCUAUGAAAAGAGGCCCCCAAACAGCUGUGAAAACUACAUUCCUCCAAGGAUAGCAAUCCUGUUUGGUGACCCCCACAUGAAGACCUUAGACGGCAUGGACUACACUUUCAAUGGACUGGGAGAGUUCACACUGGUGGAUGCCAGGACUGGAUACUUCCUGCUGCAGGGGCGGACUGAGAAGGCCAUCGGCACACAGGGCGAUGCUGAGGCCACAGUCUUCACAGCAUUCACAUCAAAACAGGAGGGCUCCUCUAUUGUUGAAAUGGGGAUGAAUGAUGACAGGACGAACAUGACUCUCAUGGUGGAUGGACAAGAGGUCGACAUUGCCUUGGUUCAGAAUGGUAGCCAAAGCUUUGAUAACGUGACUGUUCAGAACAACUUCAACUCCAACCAAACCAGCCUGAUUGCUUCCUUCUCCUCUGGUAUAACUGUGACAGUCACGCUGCAGAAACUCAUGUUGAUUGUCCAGUUUGGAGCACCAGAUUCUUUCCGUAACACAACUCGAGGACUUCUUGGUGUUUGGAAUGAUGACUAUCAGGAUGACUUCACCUAUCCAAACGGGACAGUACUGCAGGCACCAGAGGGCAGGAACCUAACAGAGGAGGAAGUAUUUCCCUGGGGACUGUCCUGGCAAAUCAGUGCAUCCACCAGUCUGUUCACCUACAAGGAUGGGCAGAGUGCAGCGUCUUUUGCCAAACCUGACUUUGUGCCAAAAUUCCUGAGCGAACUUUUAAGUGAUGCAUCUGAAGAAGUUAGGGCAAAGGCCCAAUUUAUCUGUGGCACAAACAAGGAGUGCCUCUUUGACUUCCUCAGUACUAAUGACACAGAAGUUGGUGAACAAACCAAAGACAGUAUCGAGACAUUUGAUUCUGAUGCAGAGAAACUUGCCAACUUCCCACCCAACAUAACCCUGAAUGCCACAGUCUAUGCAGUAGUAGGACAGGAGGUGCAGUUCCAGGUUAUUGCUGUGGAUCCUGAAGACAACCCUGUUAACUUCUCUAUCGGAAACAGCUCUGCAAUUCCAGGAGCUACCAUCAACUCUGUGGAUGGUGUGUUCAGUUGGACUCCCGACAGCACCGUACCCGUACAGCUAGAGAUCGUUGCCAAAGAUAGUCUUGAUGCAUCGACCUCCUCCUAUCCCAUGGUAAAACUGUGUGACUGUAAGAAUGGUGGAACCUGUAACUUCGUCACAGUCAACAUCACCGGAGAGAUCACGCCUGUUGGACAAUUUCAGGUGGUUUCCUGCCAGUGUCCAGAAGCAUACACAGGUGACUUCUGUGAAGAGGACAAGGAUGCCUGCAAAACAGACCCGUGUUAUCCAGGCGUCCUUUGUACAGAUAACAUAGCGCCUGAAGAGGGUUUCACCUGUGGGCCUUGUCCACAGGGUUUAAAUGGCACUGGAGAGAAAUGUUAUGACAUAAAUGAGUGUGUUGAAGGCCAGUUGUGUGAACAACCAGAUAACUGUGUAAACACCAGAGGGAGUUACACCUGUGCCUGUGACAGUGGUUACACCCUGGACAACAACAGGCUGAACUGUACUGACAUUGAUGAAUGUAGAUCAGGUAUUGCUGGAUGUGCAGACACGGCAACUUGUACCAACAGCGAGGGUAGUUUCACCUGCACAUGUAACACAGGCUAUACUGGGAAUGGAACACACUGUCAAGAUGUGGAUGAAUGUGCAACUAGUGAGGGAAACGCCUGUGAUGUUAAUGCAGUCUGUGAGAACACUCCUGGCUCUUACUCAUGCACCUGCAACACUGGCUAUGUGGGUGGUGGACGCACGUGUCUUGAUCAGGAUGAGUGUCUGGACCCACACAUCUGCAGCCCCCAGGCCAGCUGUACAAACUCAGUAGGCUCCUACAGUUGUACCUGUGGCGAUGGGUACAGGGGGAACGGCACAGUCUGUUCUAAUAUAGACGAGUGUGCAGAAUUCUCAGACAGUCAGUGUAGUCCAGGGCUCGCCAUCUGUACUGACACUCCUGGGUCCUACUCAUGUCGGUGUAGGAACGGCUUUGUGGGAGAUGGCAUCAGUUGUGAUGACUUGGAUGAAUGUUCAAGUGACGAUUUGAACAACUGCACUGAGAAUGCUGAGUGCGCUAACAGUGAGGGGUCCUACAGCUGUUUCUGUAUGGAUGGCUACCAAGGAGAUGGUUUAGUCAGCUGUACUGAUGUGGAUGAAUGUGCAAGCAACUUCAGCAGCUGUGCAGAAGAUGCCACCUGUACCAACACCGUUGGAUCAUUUUUCUGUGCAUGCAAAGAUGGAUUCACCGGCAAUGGCUUAGCAUGUCAAGAUUUGGAUGAGUGCACCACUGGAGCCAAUGACUGUGACGAUGAAACAAAGGCCUACUGCACCAACCUGCCUGGAAGCUACAACUGUACAUGCUUUAAUGGAUACACAGGGGACGGCACAAGCUGUACAGAUGUGAAUGAGUGCACGAUGAACAACAAUGAAUGUACCCAGAACUGUACCAACAUGGAGGGAGGUUACACAUGUUCGUGUCUGACAGGGUACAGGUUAGAGGCAGAUGGAUUCACCUGCCGUGACAUUGAUGAGUGUGCUGAACAGCUGGAUGACUGUGAACAAACCUGCACCAACACUGAAGGAGGCUUCAACUGUUCCUGUGUGGCUGGGUUCAUACAAGUUGGAGACUCUUGCCAAGCAAAUCAAAGUUGCACCAGUAACAUCUGCAUGAAUGCAGAGUGCUAUGUGGAGGGUGGAAUUGAGAAGUGCCUGUGUUUUUCUGGCUAUGAAGAGUUCAACUCCAGCAGCUGUGUUGACAUCGAUGAAUGCUCCAAUGAGACCCUGAAUGCCUGUGAUCAGGGGUGUAGCAACACAGAAGGAGGAUAUACCUGCAACUGUAUCUCUGGUUACAACAUCAACAGUGAUGGUCGCAAAUGUGAUGAUAUUGAUGAGUGUGAAUCAGCAGACCAGAAUGACUGUGAUCCUAACGCCCUCUGUGAGAACACCCCGGGAGGCUACAGCUGUCAGUGUCUGCAGGGUUACACAGGCAAUGGCACAGUUUGCCAAGAUUAUGAUGAGUGCACCUUCGGCAGUCCAGUUCAGAACUGCAGUGAGCGUGCCGACUGUGUCAACUUUGUGGGAGGGUUCAACUGUUCCUGUAUGGAUGGUUAUGUGGGAGACGGCUUCUUUUGUGUUGACGUGGAUGAGUGUAGCACAGACACCUCCAGCUGUGAUGACCAGGCCUCCUGUACCAACACUGAGGGCGGUUUUAACUGUUCCUGUCAGGAGGGGUACUCUGGCAAUGGGACGUUUUGUCAAGAUCUGAAUGAGUGUGAUAUUGGAACUGCUCAGUGUGAUGGUAAUGCUACAUGUGUCAACCAAGCCGGUUCCUACCUAUGUGCAUGUAACAAUGGGUAUACUGGAACUGGGACUGAGUGUGCAGAUGUCGAUGAGUGUGCCAGUGGUAUAGCUGACUGCCAUGAACAGGCCACAUGCACAAACACAGAGGGUAGCUUCUACUGUACCUGUAAUGAUGGUUACUCUGCAAAUGGGACAGCCUGUGAAGAUAUUAAUGAAUGUGACUUAGGAACCGACACCUGUAGCAAGAACUCUGUAUGUGGGAACACAGUUGGUUCCUUCACCUGCCCGUGUGAGCAAGGCUACAUCGGCAGUGGUUUCAGUUCUUGUGUUGAUCUGGAUGAGUGUACAGAAGAGUCAAGUGACUGUGACGUCAAUGCUGAGUGUACAAACACUCCCGGGUCCUUCAACUGUAGCUGUAAUUCAGGCUACACUGGAAAUGGAACCUUCUGCACAGAUGUUGAUGAGUGCACAGAUGGCACACAUACAUGCAGUGCCAAUGCAGACUGCAGCAACACCAUCGGCUCCUACACCUGCACAUGUCAGGAUGGUUAUACUGGUGACGGACAGACCUGUAUUGAUGAGGAUGAAUGUGAGACAUCACCAUGUCAUCUGUAUGGAACCUGUGCAAACACACCUGGAUCCUUCACAUGCACAUGUAAUGCUGGCUUCAAUGGCAAUGGUAUAGUCUGUGAAGACUUGGAUGAAUGUGCAGACGGUAGAUGUGAUAGCAUCCAGAACCAGGAAUGUGUCAACACUCCUGGCAACUACUCCUGCACAUGUGCCUAUGGAUACUACAGCAGCAACACUGGGGACUGUUUGAUGGCAGUUCAGUUCACGGGUUCUAUCCCAUUCACCACCAUUGGAGGGGUGGCUGCCGCAUACUCACCUGCCCUGGCUGACCCUCACUCCUCAGCCUUCAGUGACUAUGCGUUAGCUGUACAAGAACCGAUGGACUCAUUGUUCCAAAACAGUGCUGUAUCUACCCACUACAAGUCAGUGGAUAUUGCUCAGUUCAGAAACAUCUCUAGUGGUACAGGAGUUGUGGCUGAUGUUGUCAUCAACCUGGCAGAAAAUGCACCGAUAGACGAGACAAAUCUGACCAGAGCGUUCCUGGACGGCCUGACAUCUCGAGCUGUAGGUACUGAGAAGAACAGGCUGGGGGAUAAUGAAUUGGUCACGGCAGACGUGGUGUUUGCAGAAUUUGCAAACUGUAGCAGAGCAAACCUUCUGUACACAUGUAGCUGUGAUGCUGGAUAUGGAGUGGUCGGGCUACACUGCGAAGAUGAGGAUGAGUGUAGCAGCUCCCCCUGUGACCAGUUUGGGAACUGCAGUAACACAGCUGGGUCUUUCAGCUGCUCAUGUAAUGAUGGCUGGAGUGGGAAUGGUUUCAGCUGUGAAGAUGUUGAUGAGUGUAGUCCCAACCAGUGUGGUGACAUCCAUGCUGAUGUGGUGAACAGAGUGUGCAGAAACACCCCCGGCAGUUUUACCUGUAACUGCAGGCCAGGUCUCACUGAUGUCAAUGGAACAUGCACAGGUUCCAAUGUUUACACUGGCCAAGUUUCCAUAACAUCAGCCACCUUCUCUUCAGACUUCAACAACCUGCAGCUGGCAACAACACAAGCCUUCAUAGCUGAAGUGGUCAUAGCUAUCAACUCCAUUUUCCGGCGUAGCAGCCUUGCGAGUGUCUAUCUGACCUCAGUUAUCACUGCCCUGAGAAAUGGGAGUGUGGAGGCACAGUUUGACACAGCUCUCCAGGCAGGCACUGCAGCAGUGGAGUCUGAAGUAGAGGCAGCAUUCAAAGAAGGGUUGAAUAAUAUCAGUUCUGCCAGCAUUGUCAACGGACUCACUUUUAAUGGUUCAUCAGCCACUUUCUCAGAUGUUAAUGAGUGCCUAUCUGCUGAGGAUAAUGACUGCUCGCUCAAUGCUAACUGCACCAACUCAGCAGGCUCCUUCAGCUGUGUGUGUAAAACUGGUUACCUGGACACCAACACCAACAACCCUGGCAGGACUUGUGUUGACUCCUGUGAAUCUGAUCCCUGUCAGAAUGGUGGCACAUGUGAGCUGCUCCUGAGCCUGAGUUAUCGCUGCAAUUGUCCACCCGGCUAUUCUGGUGUUAACUGUGAGGGUGAGAUUACAACAGCAACAUCAGACAGCUAUCGGCUGCUGACCAUAAUCCUAGGCAGUGUGGCAGGUGGGCUGUUUGUGAUUGUUGUAGCCGUCACUGUUGCUUACUACAUCAAGAGGAGACAAGUACAAGCAAAGACAUUCUACAGGGAGCCCAUAGGUUUCCGUGAGCCUCGUGGGCUGCGCUACCUCCCCACCACGUACCUGGGCAGGGCUCCGGACAUGGAGUGGGACCCACUCUGGCAUGAUGGUGCUAGCCCAUCUGGAGAGAGUCAGAUGGAGGAGAGGAGAAGAGAGGCUGAGGAGCAGAGGAUGGUUCAUCUGGUCGAGGUGCUGAAGAGAACACCUAAUCUGACUAUCCAGAGAGCCCAUAUUCCCGACACCCAUGGACGUCCCGGUCCGGCCAACCCUGUGUACCAGGUGACCAGACCGGAGGGUGCUCACAACCCACAGGUGCAUCUAAGGACCCGGAUGGUUGGACUUCCUGCAGAGAAGGCUGCUAUUAUGGGAUAUGACUCUCCAACCACAACUGGGAGCUCCAGUUCCUGGGGUUACCACCCCUCCAUCCCAAACCUGCAGUCUCUGUCUGACAGCAUCAAGAGGAAACCUCCCAGACACAGGCCCAGGGAGAGAGACAUGUCUGUCAAAAGAGAUGAGAGUGGCAGGUCACAGGAGGUCAUAUACAACUUUAAGACUGCCCUGUGAAGACAUGACAACAACUCAGGGACUGCAGAACACAUAGAGUGCACACGUUAUACAUCCUGAAUGAUUCUGCAGUCUUUUACAUAUUAUAUUGUUUAAAAUUGAUUAGUAUAUAUACAUGGGGUAUAGUUAAGUGCAAUAUUGUACAAUCAUACUAAAAAGGCAGACAUUUGCUUAAGAGUAAAUACAACACCCUGUAUCCUCAUACAGUCCAUUUUUGCAUUGGGGGGGGGAGAUGGAGUGAAAUACAUUGUAUUUGCUGGCGAGCAAAUGUCAAACUUUCUAGUGUUUGUGAAUAUUUCCUGACACUAUAUUCAUCUAUAGUCAUGACAGACAUCCGAUAUAAUACAUGUAUAUACAAUAGACAAUGGUAGAUAUUUUACUGAUACAUAUCAUUAUAAGUAGAUAUUGUAAUUCAUCACAUUGCCAUCUCCUUGGUGUUCUCAUAUCAUUUGUUUAUAGUCUUAAGGUUCAAAUUGCAUGUAUCAUUUGUUAACAUUGUUUUUCUAUAUGUAUGUUUAUAUCCUCUAUAUUGUAUGAAGCAUGUACCAUGUGGUACAUGUAAUGAAUUAAGUUUGUACAAGCCAUGAUUUUUUUUCUAUUUGAUAAGCAGUUGGUUAAGUUAAACAUGUUUACUUUGUGCAUUGUGAAGAUAUAUAGAUUCUUUAUCAAUAGUCAAGGGCCUGGUGUCAUAUAUGACUUUGAUAAAAUCUAAGGAAGAGGAAAGGUGUAGUUGAUUUAUUUGUUAGGUCAAUGAAUGUAAUAUAUUUAAGACAUAUAAUUUAUAACCGGAAUAAUGAAUAUUAUAUAUAAAUUGUUAAUCAUGGACACUUAAUAUAUUUCUGAAUAUUGCAUAUUGUACAAAAAUAAACUUUGCUAUCAUUGUUGAAA